AUGUCCCACUUUAUCAUUAAGGAAGAUGAAUAAGAACAUGAUGAGUAAAUUCAUAGUAUUGGUUAAGUUGCUGAUCCAUCAAUUGAGAUUUAAUUUGACAGAGAAUCAGUUCUUGAAAAUUAAACUAGAUUAUCACAGUGGACAUAUAAAUAAUCAGACAGGGAAUAAGAUGGAUAGUAUGAGGAUGUAAAUCUGUCUCAUAUGAAAAAUUAAAAUAAUUCAGAUUUAAAUGAGGAGAAAACUAAGAUUUAAGAUUUGGAUAUACUUUAGCAAUAUGAAAAUUAUGGAUCAAUCAAUUAAAAAGAACAAGAAAAAUCUCCUACAAACUAGAGAGUCAAGAGUAGAUAGUAUUGCGUAUCGAUGGUCAAGAUAUAAAAAUAACUAGUCACUUAAAGAAAGAUCUAAGUACAAUUUAAGUUGGCUUUAAUUUAUUCAAAAGUUUCAUUGGAGUUGGAAUUCUAGCAGCUCCCUGAUUUAGUAUAUUAGGUUGGUGUGCUCGGAGGGAAGCAAACAGAUUAAAUUAUAUGCUUAUACUUCCAUUAGCUUGAUAAAUGUGGAUAUAACACUCAAAUAAUGAUUGCAGCCACCAUACUUCUCAUGCCUAUUUGCUUUUAGAAAAGUUUUAAGAAUGUUUCUUUCAUUAGUGCUUUUGGGAGCUUCACAGUUAUAUUUGGAUUGGCACUAUUCAAUUUUGAUUCUACUCCAAUUCUGUUAUAUCAACAAUCGUCAAUGAAGUAGCCAGAAUUAUUUAAAGUAGUGCUAGGAAGAAUAAUACUUGGUGUGCUUGCAACGGUGAUUACUUUUGGAACUAUAUGCUACUUGGUAAUGCUAAUCCCAAUCAUUCUUUGUUGCUUACCAAUUUAUAGAGUUAUGGAAAUUUGA